GUUUGUUUUAUGGACAUAUUUUUCCAGUUGUACUCAUUAAGUUUGGACCAGUAGAUCACACACGUGCUGAUCAAUAUCAUCAUGCUGGACUACACUAUUGACUGGAGCUCCAUUGAUCAAUUGUUUGGUGUGCUUGCUUGUUUCGUUUUUUUUUAAGCACUUUGUGAGCUAUAUUGGGUAAACAUUAUUAUUAUUACUCAAUUGAAUGACGCAGAUGGUCAUGUGACCUCAUGGCGGCAACCAUGAUGAGGCGACCUUUUCCGUGUGGAAUAAACCAGGUUUUUCUUUUAAAAAAGUAUUUUGUAGAGUUCAUUUCAUUCGAGUGUACACUAUUUUAAUGAAAUUUCUCAAAAGUUGCGUUCCUUUCGUUGUGUGUACAACUUUUUAAUUAGCAAAACAUCGGUGAGUGGAGCUUUAAUUACGUAGCCAGUGUGUGCAGAGCGAUGAAGUGAAUGAGAAAACUGCUCCCAUCACAUCAGGGACACGCAUCGCCUCCGCCGGCAGAGAGUCGUGUGAGCCACAUCCGCAGACACUCAUUUCUUCCCAUCAGCUGGAGAUGAAGGAGAUACACACAGUCUGUCCUCUGAUUGCACAUGACGCGCGCACACAUAUCGAUGGCAGUUGGCUAAAUGAUGGAUUUCAUUACCUUACUCGUUUUGGCUGAAGAUGAAGAUGACUUAAGCUUUAGUAAUCGACUCUGGAAUGUCUGAAGCAGCCUUUGGAUUCCAACUACUGCAUAUCAAAACACCACAUAUCUCCUGAACCUUUAAGAGACACAAAAGGAAUAUGAAUUUCACUGCAGGCUUGCUGAAAAAUGAGCCUCUGCUCUUAAACACCUUGCUGUCCUUGAAUGCCUCUUUCCACGGUGCCGAGGACUUCAUGAGCGAUGUUUUCCUCCAUCAGAGUGGAGAGCUGGAGAGGCUGCUGCUGCUGACGAUCAAAGAGCCCACCACCAUCGCUCUCACGGUGAUGUAUUCGUUAUCAUUUGUGGUGGGAUUCAUUGGAAAUCUCAUGGCUAUUCGAAUGCUUACCUGCCAGAAGAGUAAGAGGAUGCAGAGCAUCAGUGCCACCCGUUUACUCAUCAACUUGGCAGUGUGUGAUCUGAUGGUGGUUUGCAUCUGCAUGCCCAUCACCCUCGGCCACACCAUUUAUACCGCAUGGGUGUACGGAGACCUCCUGUGCCGGGCCGUUCCCUUCAUCCAGGCCGUGUCCGUGUCGGCCAGCGUCCUCAGCCUGACCGUCAUCAGCGUCAACAGAUACUACAGUGUUCACAGCCCUCUGAAUUCCCUCUCGUACUUCACCCAGAAGAAGAUCUACAUCACCAUUGUGUGCGUGUGGGUCUUGUCCUCUGCCAUUUGUGCGCCUUUGCUCUUCAUGAUCAAGCUGGACAAGAUCCACUUGAUCGACAUCACCGUGCCAAUCUGCAGAGAGCUGUGGCCACAGGCUAGACUCAAGCAGGUCUACAACGUGCUCCUUUUCGUGGCUCUCUACUGCAUCCCUGUGACCUUUAACCUCAUCAUCAGCUUCCUGACUGGCCGGAAGCUCUGGAGGGCUUCUCAACAUUUCGCAGACUUCGAUCCACACAGCCAGGCCUUGCACGCCUCACGUUUGAAGAUGCGCAAGAAGAUCGCCAAGGUGGUGGUCACUUUGGUCCUCCUGUUCGCCGGCUCCUGGCUCCCACUCUACGUAGCAGACAUCCUCAUUGACCGCGAGGUUCAUCCCCCUAACUGGGUUCUGCAUACUCGCCCUUUCGCGCAGUGGUUGGGCCUCACUAACUCCAGCCUCAAUCCCAUCUGCUAUUGUUUCUUGGGUGAUUUGUACCGUUCUGCCAGAGCAGUCAGGUCCAAGUAUCAUCAGAGGAUGCUCUCCGUCCUUAGAUCCUCCAGCUCUUUUAAACUGUCCAGUUUGCUCUCUCUCAAAAAGCAGAAAUCUGGCCGGCAACAAGGCGCCGUGAGCCAGGUGUCAGUGGAGACUCUUUCUGAUUGGUGUUCCAACAACAGCCAGAUGGUGUCUCUCCAUAGCCUCUCAGAGAAGAUCAUGUCUACAAGCAAUCUUGAGUUAUCGAACUUGUAGUCAGGGCGCAUAUUACCUGAAAGGACACGGCACUUAAAGGGAUAGUUUACCCAAAAACAGCUUCUUUUGUGUUCCACAAGAGAAAGAAAGUCAUACAGUUUUCGUAACACCAUGAGGGUGAGUAAAUAAUGACAGAAUUUUCAUUUUUGGGUGGCCUAUCUCUUUACGUUUUAUUGUACUACUGUCAAAAAGCAUGUGAUUCUGAUGAUUUGAUGCAACAUCAGCAUAAUUUGUGUUCAUAACUGACCAUCUACAGUUACAUUGCAUCUUGACCAGUGUUGGGGAAAGUUACUUUUAUAAGUAAUGCAUUACAAUAUUGUGUUACUCCCUUAAAAAAAGUAACUAAUUGCAUUACUUAGUUACUUUUUAUGAAAAGUAAUGCGUUACAUUACUUUUGCAUUACUUUUUCUCACCUGAACUGGGUUUGCUGAAUGUUUUCGUGCAAGUGAGAUGAGUUCACAUUUAGUCUAGAACUACAUUAAGCAUCACGUUUACACAGCGCACGCAACGUCUCUGCACUACCCUGUUUAUCUCAACAUGGGGACAGGAGAGCUGUCAGAUAAUAAAUGUGAAAACAAAGUAACUUACGUUACUUACUUGAAAAAGUAACUUAGAUAUUUUGCUGUAAAUUGAAAAAAGUUUUGCGUGACUUUACUAGUUACUUGAAAAAGUAAUCUGAUUACAUAACUCAAGUUACUUGUAAUGUGUUACCCCCAACACUGAUCAUCAUACACGGUACAUGAAUAAAAGUUGCUUGAUUUAAAGUGUGACUUUCUGUAUAUAAAGGGCACUGUUUUGUAUAGACAUCACUGACAUGGAUUGUACAUAAAUGCUGAAUUAAGGCAAAGUCAAAUGUUCACAUGUGAAAAUGUGAUAAAAUGUGAAUCAAUGCGAUAAACUUUUUAAUUUGAACGAACAGCUGUUCAAACAAAAACGAACAUUCACAUGCAGUUAAUGCAGCAAUUUUUGGUAACACUUUAUUUUACAGUGUCAUUGUUACAUAUGUUAUAAACUUAUACAUAACUAUAAAUUAUGCAUAAUUACAUGCAACUAACCCUAAACCAAACCAAACCCUAAUCCUAAACAUAUAGUAAUUACAUGUAGUUACUUAAUAUUACUCAGUAAUAUAAUUAUAGUUGUAACAAAGACACCUUAAAAUAAAGUGUAACCCAAUUUUUUUACAGAGAGGUGUUAUAAACUCACAUUUUCACUCACAUUUUCUUACAUUUAAUAGGACAUUAUAUAAGGAAAAACACUAGGCAAGCGAUCAAAAAACAAUGAUCAACACAUGAAAGUUUGGCUUCUUGAAAACAAGAAUGCAUUGCACUGUGAAGACUGUUACGUCAAAGAGCUAUGACUUGGUGGAGCUCACAAACAGACUAUUUUUCUAGGUGAUAGUGAAUAGUAGAGGAUCUGGCGCUCAUUCUUUGUAGCCUACUCUUGUAUUUGGUGUGGUUUGAUAAAACCCAUAGCAAAUACAAAAAACUUAACGGCAUUUUGAAAACAUGUAUAUACUCUGAGAAUUCCUUUAUUAUCUGUGACAGACAGGUUUCAGAAAUGGAAAGUUGCACAGCACUGCUUUCGUACUUUUCUGUAAGCGCCAUCUACUGUCAGAGAGUGAAUUUGCAUUUAAAUUCAGUCCGUCUGUUGGGUUUUUGCUGUUGUUGUUUUUAUUACUCUUUGGUCUGAAAAGACGAAUCAAAUGCAAAAAUCAGACCAAAUUUUCUUGUCGAACAUUUGUGUUGGUGUGAACAGGCCUUUAAUAAAAAAGUAGGACAGAUGUAUUUUAAAUCAUGGGUUUUCAAACUGGGGUCCAGGGCGCCACAAAAGGCCACUAGGAGCUAAACAGAAAAUUUUACAAAAUGUAUUAUUUAGGACUCCUAAAGUUAACUUAAGAUAUUAAUUAAACAUGUUUAACACAGUGUACAACUUUUUAAUUAGCAAAAAUUGGUGAGUGGAGCUUUAAUUACGUAGCCAGUGUGUGCGGAGCGAUGAAGUAUUAAAAAACAGCUGUGUAUUAUGUUUUAGCAGCUAGUAAAGACAGAAGAUUUAUUGUUGCUCCAGAUCCUUCAUUCCAUAGAGUUUCACAGUUUAAUCUCGAUUUUGAAGGAAAAAAAAAAAAGCAUGCAAUAUUAAAAGACCUAUUUCUGAUACUUAUUAUUCAAUGCUUGUUUUCUCUACUGGUUUUGUUGGUUGGUAUAGCAAAAAACUAGCUCAAAACUGUCUGAAAUGAGAAUAAUAUUGCAAAAUUGUGUCCAUAAGCAACAUCACACAAUAUCACACACUAUUUAUUCUGCUUAAGCAGCUGAUUUAUUGUGGUUUGCAUAAUUCACAAUUUAAUCUUGCAUGACAAAAGAGAAGAUUGUAAAGAAAAUGAAAAUGUAAUAUUAAAAGAGAGUUAUUUGUGAAAUCUAUCAUUGAUCAGGCAGUAGAUUUUAAGGCUCACAGUUAAGUCAGUGCAAUUGCUUGGAUUUCUUAUUAUUUCUUGUAUUUUAAAUCAUGGGUUUUCAAACUGGGUUCCAGGGCCCCACAAAAGGCCACUAGGAGAAAAUUUUAAUCAUAAUAUUUUACAAAAUGUAUUAUUUAGGACUCCUAAAGUUAACUUAAGAUAUUGAUUAAACAUGUUUAACACAGUCAUUUUACAGUAAACACAUUUACCAAACUGAAUAUUCUUACUGUUUCAUUAUGCUUUCUAAAUUUGCACAAAAUUUUCACUGUUUUGUGAAAAAUAUGUUUAUUUUCAAGUGGCCAUCGCUCUUUCCCUAUGACCUACAAAUAUGUUAAAGAAUAGUUUGUAUUUGUGUCAUUCUACUGAUUUUCUCUUUACCACCAUUGCCUUUAGCUUGAGGGUUGUAGCAAUAUCAGCUAAUUUUUAUGUGUUUCAAAUGAUAUUUGCUGUGAAAAACUGCUAUUGCAUUGAAAAGAAAAAUAAAUGAAUAUAAAAAUGUUCCAGGCAUCAAACUGUACUCUAAUAGUAGUUAGAAAAAAAUACACUGUCGACUUUUUUCUGAAUUUUUCAGAUAUUUUAAUCACUUGCUUUGGCUUUAGAACAAUUACAAUAUAAAAGCCAAUUAUUCAAUUGUCCUUAUAGUAUCAUGUUUAAUAUUUUUCUCAUGUAAAUGGGUCUUUACAUACAUAAAUAUAUAUUGGAGUCCUUGACUUAAAAAUGUUUUGAAAACCCUGUUUUAAAUUUAGGUGGAUACAAAAAAUGUAGUAAUUGUACAGUGUAUUACAUUGAUUGCUCAUACUUUCCCUAUAAGCAUAAGCGUGUACAUUUGCAUUCAUUCAGAGUUGUCAUUUUUCAAGGUCAGGAAAUGGUCAGAGUGAAUGUAUAGGUCCUAAAUGCCUUGUAAAAAUUCAUAGCAAUUCGAUUUAAUUAAAUGUACUGUGCUUGAUUGUGAAUAAUCAUUUGUACUUGCCUUUUUUAAUGGAAACCAACGUGAAUAGAAUCAGAGAUGGUCCACUGAGUAAAGCUGCCCUCAGAUCUUGAUGGGAAUAGAUCCAUACACUGAAGAAGAGAAUAUAAUGAAGUAUAAACACAACCAUCGCCUCUUCAUUUCUGUUAUUAUGAGACUUUGUGAGAAGAUUUACAAAAGCCAAAGAUAGACAAAACAGAAUUCAUAAAAGUCUGAAUGACACAGUGGGAACGCUACAAUAACAAAAGAGUACGUGAAGCCGUAUAGGCACUUUAUAUCAUCAUUCAAGUAUCAUGAAUCCUCGUCUCAGCAAGAGCUCCAUCUUUUUCUUCCACAGACAUGUGAUCACAGACACUAGCAUCGCCCUUCAUAUUCAUGCUAAUUCUGAUUAGCAACUGUCACAUCACUCAAUAUGCAGAAUGGUGCUUGAUUAGCCUGUAAUACUCAAUAAUGGUAUUUCACUUUAGUAUGAACGAGUGACUAC